AUGGCUACGUGGAACCCGUUUCAGACAUUCUUUGCCAGACAGAGCCCGGUAGGCGAUGAUGGACCUCCGAUACAGCUACGCGUUAUUUCCUUCAAUAUUCGCUAUGCGACCUCCUCACCUUUUCCAAAUGAAAAGCUUUGGCCGGACCGCGCGCCAGUACUCACCAACCAGCUUCUGCACGAGGUACGACUGCUGGAAACGCCUUCACCGGGGGCAAAUGUGUCAACAGCUCAACCGCUCGCACAUGGCUCGGCGUUUAUAGGCCUUCAAGAGGUUCUCCACAACCAGUUAGUGGAUAUACUUGCAGCGUUGAACAGAGUUCCAGAUGACCAGCGGACAGACGAGCCUGCGCAGGGGCCGCUCUGGGCGCACGUGGGCGUAGGCCGGGACGACGGAGCGACAAAGGGAGAAUACAGCCCCAUCAUCUAUCCCAUUCAGACAUACGACUUGUUGCACAAUGAGACCAUUUGGCUCAGCCCGACACCCGACAAGCCAAGCAAGGGAUGGGGGGCUGGAAGUAUCCGAAUCCUCACCGUGGGCGUAUUUGAACACAAACAGACCAAGAGGCGACACAUUGCAGCCAAUACUCAUCUGGACAACGAAAGCUCCGAGAGCCGAUUUGAGAGCGUCAAGAUCAUUCUUGCUACUUUGCGCAGAGUGCACGAACAGUGGUCUCAGGGACAACCUUUAGGUGUGUUCCUGACGGGAGAUUUCAACUCCUUUCCUGACCAGGAGGCAUAUCUCUCGUUGAGGGAUGACGGCUGGUUGCGCGAUCUGCAUGAAGAGAUUCCGCCACCCGAGCGAUACGGUGAGGAUGUCACCUUUACAGGUUUCAAGCCCGAGGACUGGCAAAAGGAGCGGGGCAGGAUAGACUACAUUUGGUUUGGUCCUCAUGGGAGUUCUGCAGAUACGGGGUCGAGCCCCUGGUCGCCGCUUGGAUAUGCGAUACUGCCAAAUGUGUUUGACAAUGGCAUUUAUCUAAGUGACCAUCGGGCAGUGGUAGGCGAUUUGCGAUUACGCGGGACUUGA